CAUCUAAACAACUUUUCUUAAUGUCUUCCUCUUCUUCAUCUCUUAUCCCCAAGUUUGAUGUCUUCCUAAGUUUCAAAGCAGAAGACACCACCAACAUAUUUGUAUCAGAUCUUCACCGCUCGUUGUCAGAAAAAGGCAUUACAACUUAUCAAAAAGAUGAAAAGCUGGAGGAGAAAGACUCCUCCGUUGUUUCUGACCUAAAGAAAUGUAUCAUAGAGUCAAAACUCGCCGUUGUAGUGGUCUCGAAGAGCUAUCCAACUUCUGUUCUAUGCCUCAACCAGCUUCAAACAAUCAUAAACUUUCACGAUGAAGGUCAACUCUCUGUCCUACCCAUCUUCUACGGAGUUGAUUUGUCGAAUAUAAGAAAACAGACUGGAGAAUACACAGAACCUUUUAGAAAACUUGGUGAAGAAUUUUCAUCUGAGAAGGUUCAAGCAUGGAGGAGUGCUCUUGCCAAACUCACCAGUGUAUCCAGCCUGGAUUCACGUUUUUGGAGCAAAGAAGAGACGAUGGUAGAUUUGGUUACGAAUGAAAUCUUGCUUAUGGUUUCAAAGAAGCCGAAUAGUCCAUCAACAACCAAAGCAGAUGGAAAUGUCGCAUUGGAUCGUCAUAUGCAAGCGCUAUAUGAGUUACUGAAUUUAAAAUCUAACAAGGAAGUUCGUUUGGUCGGCCUUUGGGGUCCAGGAGGCGUUGGCAAGACGACACUAGCGAGAUACGCUUACGAAGAACUGUCUACCAAUUUCCAUGUCCGUAUGUUUUUAGACAACACCGAAAAGAUCUAUCACCAAGACAAUCGGGAAACAUUCACAUCAAGAGAGACUCGAGAGGGGUUUCAAAAGCUGACAAGGGGAAUAAAUGAGAAAAGUACUGCAGGUGUGAUCAAAUCAGCAGUUGGACACCGAAAAGGUCUACUUGUGGUUGACUGUGUGGAUAAUAUCGAACAGUUAAAGGACAUAGCAGAGAUCGUUGGUUGGUGUGGUUCAGGAAGUAGAAUCAUCCUUAUCGCACAGGACGAGAAUUUGUUAGAUGAAUUUGGUAUGGAGCAUGUCUAUCAAGUGUCCCUGAGAUACGACGAAGCCCUUCAACUCUUCUCUCAAUCUGCCUUCAAACAGCAACACCCUCCUACCAGUUUUGAAUCACUCUCCCUUCGUGCUAUCCAGAUUGCCAGUUUCCUUCCUCUGACUCUUAAAAUUCUCGGUUCGUUUUUACAUGGCAAGGAUGAAAAGAGUUGGGAGGAGGAGCUGCAAAAACUUGAAGGAGACCAAGAGAAAACUAUAAUGAAAGUUAUGAAGAAAAGCUACAAAAUCGAAAAUGAGAAGGAGCAAAUCUCUUCAUUUAGUGAUGAUUAUAAGGAAAAAUUCACCUGAAAAGGUGUUUGCUUUUUCAAAUGUGAACAUGUGAUAGAUGUAUUUUCAUAAUGUUUGAUGUAGCAUUUUCACUAUAAAAGCGAACUCUUCUG